AUGAAGGUCGUCAUCAAGGAGUGGAAUGCUAUUGCCACCUGGCACUGGGAUAUGCCCGAGGAUGAUGUCUGUGGCAUCUGUCGCGUCCAGUUCGAUAGUACCUGUCCCACCUGCAAAUUCCCCGGCGAUGACUGCUCCCUGUUGCUAGGGAAAUGUGGCCACUCGUUUCAUAUGCACUGUCUGUUGACCUGGAUCGACCAAGAGACAUCCAAGGGGCUGUGUCCCAUGUGCCGACAGAAAUUUGAGUGGAAGCAAAGUGACGAGUGA